AGUCCUAACAUUCAAGUGGUGACCCAUUAGUGCACUGCCAUGCCCACUUUUAAUUUGGUAAAAUCGCAUCUAUUCCUGUCUCACAACUUGCUUCCCCUUUCUGAUUAUCUUUCAAGUUUUUUAGGUUUGGUAGCACAAAAUAAAGGUAGUUGGUUUAGCCCCUCAAUUACAAAAUACACCAUUUAUUAUUAUUAUUGUUAGGAAAAAUUCAAUUCAUUUAAAGUGAAUAUAAAUUCAAAUUUUUGUCUAAUGAGACAGAUUGGAUAAUGAGAAAUUUACCUUUAUAGAAUAUGAGUUAAAAAAGACAGAUACAAUGCCCUUGACUCAUACUCAACUAAUAUGGUGUUAGUACAUUAUAAAGAUGAAGUUAGGCUUAAAUAGUUUAUAUAAAUUAGACCCACCCUAACUCAUAAAAUCGAAAUCAUGUUGCUAUAAUAAUACUAUCUAUUAAGAGCAUAUUAAUAGAUGCUAUUAUUAUAUAUAUACAUAUGAGAUUCAUCCCCAAGGGCAAAAUAAGGAUUUUUAGAUUAAAAAGGGAUUAAAUGUAGAAUUUGGGAGAUUAAAGGGCUUAAUUGAUACUUGAUAUUACAUUAGGGGCCGAUCGGAUUUUAUUCUCAUCAUUCUUAGUGUCAGAGUGAGAUUACAUUUAAUUAAUUGUUAAUAAUCGCGAUCAAGCUUCGGUAAAGAGAGGGCUCAUUGGAAGACAGAGAAACAAACAGAAACCAUACAACAAAUUCGCAUAUUUUACAGAUCCAAGAUCCAGACAUUCUGAGAACUUCGGCGUGGCCGCUUUGUUACUUCAUCAUCUCAAGUGCAAAAUCUUGUGUAUUCGACAUUCAUCUGUGCAAAAUAGUCAUGUCAAGGAGGCACCCAAAUCCGUCACGACGCCUUUCAGGCAGUGCUCCAUUUGGGGCAGUUUUCCAUCAGAAAACUCGUGUUUCUCCUCUAUUAACUGCUGUCGUCCUCAUUGUGGGGCUGGUGCUUCUCAUAAAUCAUUUUCAAGGUGGUGCAGGUAUACUUGGAGGUCGCAAAGAAGCUGUUAGUAAGAUUGAAGGUGACUUUUCUUGCACAUUGGAAGUUCAGAGGGCAAUACCUGCUUUAAAGAAAACAUAUGGUGAUAACAUGCGCAAAGUUUUGCACAUUGGCCCUGAUACUUGUUCUGUGGUCUCCAAAUUGUUGAGAGAAGAGGAAACUGAAGUGUGGGGUGUGGAACCUUAUGACAUGGAAGAUGCUGAUGGGAGCUGCAGAAGUCUUGUACACAGAGCCAUUGUGCGUGAGGCUGAUAUCAAGUUUCCUCUACCUUACAGGGAAAAGUCAUUUUCUCUUGUUAUUGUGUCAGAUGCAUUGGAUUACCUCUCACCAAAGUAUCUGAACAAGACUCUACCAGAUUUUGCAAGAGUCUCUGCUGAUGGUGUCGUUAUUUUUACAGGAUAUCCGGGUAAGCAGAGAGCUAAAAUGACAGAAUUCUCCAAAUUUGGACGGCCAGCCAAAAUGCGGAGCUCGGCUUGGUGGACGCGUUUCUUCGUCCAGACCAGCAUAGAAGUGAAUGAAGCCGCAGCUAAGAAGUUCGAGCUGGCUUCAUCGUCGCUGUCAUACAAGCCGAACUGCCAAGUGUUCCACCUCAGUUCAUAUCACAGAUAGUUUGAUGGUAUCUUCACACCAAUUUUUGAAGUUUUGAAAGAUCAAAAUCUGAUUCUUUUUUCUUUCUUCCUCCUUUGUCUUCCAGUUUUCAUCUGGAAUGUGCCCUGGAUAUUCUGCAUAGGGUGACCUUAAGGGAUAUCAUUUUGAAACACUACUAUUGAAAAUUGCCACAACUGUUCUUAUGCUUGUAAUUGACUUGGCAGCUCGGCUUGUCCUGCCGUGUUGCCAAGAUUAAUUUUUCACAUUGACGGGACAAGAAUUAGACAUUAUUUUCCAUCAAAUUUGGCAGAGGGGCCGGCGUGGUUUCAUUUUAGAGGAUGAAUCGGUCAUUAAGUCAGUCUAAUCACCGAAUUAAUCAGGCCAGGGGUUGCUGCUCAAGAUGCCUAAAAUAUCGGCUAAACAAUAGCCAGGUAGCUAGCAUCCCUUUCCCUAUCCUCAUCAAAUUGUACCUGCAUGCAUUUACCAGAACAAUCUCUUUGAUGCAAUG